AUGGGGCACGCGAUUGUUGGUAAGUUCUCUCACUCGACUACGUCCACUAACCAAGUCCAGAAAAUGCUAGGUAAUAUCAAGUUCAUCAAAGGCUUCAAGUGGAACUACAUCAAUGCUAAGCAUCUCAUCAUCCAAUUUGAAUUUAUCGAGGAUUAUGCAAAGAUGUUGAAUGGGCCUAGCGGUACACCGGUAUGGUAUGUUGAUCAUCAUCCGAUGAGGGUGUUCAAAUGGACGCCGGACUUCGACUCAUUCUUUGAAACGCCAAUUGCAGCAGUUUGGUGCAAAGUGAUAGGUGUGCCUAUCCAUCUAUUUGAGGUGUCAACACUAUACGCAAUCGGCAAUCCCAUUCAGCUCGAUCAUGACACGACAAGCAGGAAACGACUAUAUUUCGCCCGCAUUUGUGUGGAAAUUGACAUAUCUAAACCGCAUACGGAGGAGGUAGUGCUAGACAUUCUCGGGAAAGAGACUAUCCUCAAAGUCAAGUGGGACAAAAUCCCAUCUUAUUGUAGGGAGUGCAAGCACGUUGGCCACUCUAGUAGAAACUGUCAUGCUUUUGGUAAAAAGGAUACUCCACCAGCAAACUACCCCAAUCUAGCCUAUAAUAGGCGGCAAUGGAACUACCAGGCUAAGCAACCUGCACAGAGCGAGGGGCAAAAUCACACCCUCAAGAAUAUGAGAGAGCUUGUUUUUGAGAAGGAGAAAAGGAAGCAAUAA